ACUUACCAUGAAUUAUUGCAGCGGAUAUAAUUAAAAUUGUCGAAAACAUGCUGGAGACUACGCCCUGCUUGAGCUCAAUAUUGAAAUCUCAAAGUUACACAACUAAUUCUAAUGAUUCAUAAUUUCGUUUAUUUGGAAAGUUUGCGUUUUACAAUAUACUCAGGUAAACUCACGCCUGCGCAGCUGAAACUUCCUGCUUAGUCGGCACGAAUUUAACGUGUAAAUUUUAUAUUAUUUAUCCAAGAUUUGCUCAAAAUGCGAAUGAUAAAUCGCAUCAAACAUUACUCACUGCCUUGUGUGGUAUAUAUUCUAUCGAUUCUUGGUGAGACAAUCGGUCUUGGCGAUGUACUACACGCGGUGAACUGCGGCGGAGGGAGCCAUACCGACAUUUUAGGAAUAAACUAUCAAGAAGAUGAUGACCCUAGCAGGGAAGGAACAACUUCAGACUAUGGGAAGAGUUUGGUUAUUCAGAGAUCUCCAACACCUGACAUGAUACUCUACCAAACUGAAAGAUAUCACCAUAGUGAUUUCAGUUAUGAGUUCCCUGCGCCUAAAGAUGGAGAUUAUGUCUUAGUGCUGAAGUUCUGUGAGGUGUGGUUCACCGCAAAUAAUCAAAAAGUAUUUGAUGUGCAGUUGAAUGAGCAGAACAUUAUAAAAAAUCUGGAUAUUUACUCCAAAGUUGGACGUGGUGUCGCCCAUGAUGAAUACAUUCCAUUCAAAAUAAAAAAUAAUAAAAUUACAAUUAGCGGGAAAUCAUCUCCUAUCAAAGCUGGAUCUAUUCCUAUACAUUUAAUAAAGGGGGCUCAAGACAAUCCCAAGCUGAAUGCAUUCUAUGUUAUGAAAGGAAGCAUAGCUGAUGUUCCUAAGCUCCCUGAGAUUGCCCAGGAGAAAGAAACCCAGGAAGAAGAGGAAGAAGAUGAAGAAGAUCAACCUACGAAACCAAAAGAGAAACCUCGAACAGUUAAAACAUCUGGGCCUAAAGCGGCUGAUCCAUAUGCAGCAGAUGACACCAGUAGCAUGUUGUUACCUGUAAUCGCAGCAGUUGGGGCAUUUAUACCCUUGCUCUUCUGUCUUUGUAAAUUGUAAUUCUGUGCUGUGAGAUUAUUCUCAUGAUGGCCUACAGUAUGGUUACUUAAGUUGUAACUUUGAUGUAACUAUUUUUACUUCUAAGGGGAAUUUUUGUACUUAUGUUGAUUACUAUAGUUACUUCUGUAGUAUUGUAACUACUUAAACAUCAAUGGUAACUAGUGUAACUUCUAUGGUUAAUUUGAUUUCCAUUUAGAUAAUAAUUUUCACCUAUUAUUAGUAAAGUGAUUUAUUUUGAUAGAAAUCCAUUAUUUUUAUUUUCAAAAUAUUAAAGCAGAAUUUAGUUUACUUAUUAUGUCAAUAUAUUGACCAUCGGUCCCCAAACUAGGCCAAUUGGUUUUUGAAUAGUGACUCAGUGCAUGGUUAUUUAAAAAAUAAAAUAUUUUGUCCAGGUAACUUAAUAAUUAAGUUGAAAAAACAAGUAGCAAAUUAUAAUUUUGAAUGAUUAUUUUGAUGGUAACCAUUUAUAGAAAGUAAUACAUUUAAUAUGAAAAAUGCAAGGCCAUCAAGAGUUACAAAAUAUAGAAAAUUUGGUUACACUCUACAGC